AUGGAUAAGAAUGCAAAAAAAGCAACGGGAGUGAAACCACCGACUGGAAAAGGGAAAAGACUCAUAAUUCUGCAUGCUGGCUCUAAGGAAGGAUUUGUACCAAAUGCAGAAUUGGUGUUUGAAUCUAAAAAUGAUGGUGAUUACCACCAUCAAAUGAAUUCUAAAAUGUUUGAAGAAUGGUUCAAGCAUCAACUUCUUCCAAAUAUACCGCCAUCGUCCAUCCUUGUUUUGGAUAACGCCUCAUAUCAUUCCGUACGAAUUGACAAACCUCCGACGAUGGCAGAGAAAAAAGACGUCAUGAAGGAGUGGCUAAAGAAUAAGGGUGCAAAUCCAAGUGAUAAUUUGAACAAGUGUGAAUUACUGGAAAUGGUUAAAUCACUUUCGUAUGGAAUUGGAAAUGAUUAUGUUAUAGACAGAAUGGCACGCGACAACGGACAUCAAGUGGUUAGGUUACCUCCACAUCACUGUGAAUAUAAUCCUAUCGAACUGAUUUGGGCCCAAGUAAAGACUUAUGUGGCAAAAAGAAAUAAUUUUAAAAUGGCUGAUCUUAAACCUCUCGUCAGAGAAGCAAUUCAAUCAGUGACAGCUGAAAACUGGGCAAAUGCAGUUAAGCAUUGCGAAAACUUGCAAACAGGCGAUGCUGCAAAGGAUGUAUGUAUUGAUAAAUAUAUUGACUCGUUCGUUAUUGAACUAAGAUCAUCUGACGACGAAGAUUCUUCGUAA